AUGGCGGAGUACACGCACUGCAAGGAGUUGCAAAUUGCUUGUCAAAAUAUAAUUAGUGUAGUUGUAUGUUAUUCCAUAUCUCCUCUCUCCUUCCUGUUGAUAUUAUUGUUAGCCCCGCCUCCCAUUUUAACCACAGCAUCACUCUCAUCCCAGCUAAGAGCUCUCCUCCAAUGGAAAUCCACGCUCCGAAACCAAACCCCACUCUCUUCGUGGUCCCCCUCUACUCCCCCGUGUUCAUGGGCCGGCCUCACCUGUACCCGGUUCAACUCUUCGGCCCAGGCUUACGUCCUCGUCACCGAAAUCGGGCUUCCAGCCCAAAACCUCACCGGCCGACUCGACGCCUUGGACUUCGCUCCGUUCUCGGGUUCCCUGACUCAUCUCGAUCUCUCCGGCAACUUUCUUCACGGGCCGAUACCCGGGACGAUCGGCCUGCUCCAUCGACUCAGGGACCUAUACCUACCCGACAACCAGCUUUCGGGCCCAAUUCCGGCCCAAAUAGGCCGGCUCCGAAGCCUGUCGAGGCUGGCUUUGUAUUCGAAACAGCCUCGGGGGCCUCGUGAGGCUGCAGAACCUGGUCUUCCCGGACAACGCUCUUUCCGGCGGGAUCCCGGGCGAGAUCGGGAACCUGAGGGAGCUGAGGGUGCUGAGCCUGCACGACAACGACCUCACCGGCGGACGGAGCUCUCCCUCUUGUAUCUGUACAGGAAUCGGUUGUCCGGUAGCAUCCCGCCGGAGCUCGGGAAGCUUGGGAACCUGGUGCACCUGUAUCUCUACACCAACCACUUGUCUGGGGACAUUCCUGCGGAGCUGGGAAACCUUACGAGCCUGAUGCACGCCGUGCUGUCUGAUAACCACCUCGUCGGUCCGAUCCCUUCGAGCUUCAGGAACCUGGUGAGCCUCGAGAUUCUGUACCUCCAAUAUAACCACAUUUCCUCCUCCAUCCCUCCGGAGCUCGGCGAGCUCCAGAGCUUGGCGCUGCUGAAUGCCUCGGGGAACAGCCUCGCCGGCGUCUUGCCAGCGUCGUUCGGAAACAUGUCGUCGCUCCGCCGUUUGUCCCUCUUCAGCAACCAAAUAUCUGGUUUUGUACCCCCCGAGCUCGGAAACGCGACCAGCUUAGCCUAUCUCGACCUCGCCAACAAUCUACUGACCGGGUCGGUUCCUCCUGCUCUCGGGAACCUGAGGAACUUGACCACACUUGCUCUCCCCAACAAUCAAGUCUCGGGCUCGAUCCCAAGGGAGUUGGCAAAUCUCCGGAACCUGCAGCAGCUAAUUCUUGAGAUAAACAAUCUCACCGGCCCAAUUCCUUCGUCUCUCGGAAAUCUCAGUAGCUUAGUAGACCUGAGAUUGUCUCUGAAUCAGCUCUCAGGUUCUUUGCCUCCAGGAAUCUCGAAACUAGCCAACUUUGUAUCGUUUGAAUUGAGUAACAACAGUUUUUCAGGCUCUUUGCCGCCCGAUAUUUGCAGAGGGGGAGCUCUUGAGUUCUUCGUUGUGAGCUACAAUCAGUUCCGAGGUGAAAUACCGAGGAGCAUUAGGAAUUGCACUAGCUUGAUUCGAGCUCGUCUUGAGGGUAACAACCUCUCUGGCAACUUCUUCGAUGCCUUUGGAGUUCACCCGAAUUUAGUGUAUAUUGAUCUGAGCUCCAAUAAGCUCUCUGGUGAGAUUUCACCCAGCUGGGGAGGAUGCUCUAACUUAACUAGCUUAAGGAUCUCAAAUAACAAUAUCAGUGGAAGAAUUCCAUCUGAAUUGGUUCGCUUAUCUGGGCUCGGAGUAUUAGAUAUAUCUUUGAAUCGGUUGAAUGGAGGGAUACCAGCAGAUGUCGGUAAUCUGACAUCAUUGUUCAACUUGAAUAUGAGCAACAACCAAUUGACAGGGGAACUGCCAGUUGGAAUCAGUAAACUGUCAGAGCUCCAGUUUCUUGAUCUAUCAUCAAACAACUUGACAGGUUCAGUGCCAGAACAACUCGGUGAUUGUUCUAAGCUCCUAUUCUUGAAUUUGAGCAAUAAUCAUCUGAACGGUAGCAUCCCAUUUCAAAUUGGCAAUCUCCUAAGCUUGCAGCAGUCAUUGGAUUUGAGUCGCAACUCAUUCAGUGGCACUAUACCAGCCCAAAUUGGAAACUUGAUGAGGUUACAGUACCUGAACUUUUCUCACAAUAUGAUAUCAGGCUCAAUUCCAUCUUCAUUCAAGGACUUACUUAGCCUAUCAAAUAUAGAUUUAUCAUACAACCUCCUCGAAGGGCCGGUCCCUGACACUCAAUUCUUUCAGAAUGCAUCAGAGGCCUCAUUCUCGCACAAUAAAGAUUUGUGUGGAAAAAUUCGAGGUCUGCAUCCUUGCAAGUCAAAUUCCAUAAGCAAUAGCAACACCCAUAAAAAAAAUUCCAAGAAAUUCAUUUUGGCUGUCGUGCUCACUGUCAUCGGUGUCUUGUCUCUUCUCCUUCUAAGUUUGAUCCUUAUCAAGAAGAGAUCAAAAGGAACCGAGAAUGGCACAAGAGAAGCAAGCGUUAGAGAUACUUUCGCGAUUUGGAACUUUGAUGGGAAAAUUGCAUACGACGAUAUAGUUACAGCAACAGAAGAUUUCGAUGAAAAAUACCUGAUUGGUAUGGGGGGAUAUGGUAGUGUGUACAAAGCAACUCUGCCCACACAAGAAAUUGUAGCUGUAAAGAAAAUCCACCCAUUAGCUGAGAAUAAUGCAGAUGAGAAAAGUUUCAGGAAUGAAAUCCAAGCACUUACCCAGAUUCGCCAUCGCAAUAUUGUGAAGCUUUAUGGAUUCUGUUCAACAAAUAGAUGCAAGUUUCUAGUGUACGAGCUCAUGGAACGGGGAAGCUUGGCGAGCAUUCUUGAUAAUGAUGAAGGAGCCAUGGAUUUGGAUUGGAACAGAAGAGUGAGCAUUAUCAGAGAUGUUGCAUAUGCUUUAUCUUAUAUGCAUCACGAUUGUAGUCCUCCGAUUAUUCAUCGUGAUGUAUCGAGUAAAAAUAUUCUGCUGGAUUCUGAGUAUAAGGCUUGUGUAUCGGAUUUUGGGACAGCGAGGCUUUUGAAGCCUAACUCGUCGAAUUGGACUUCAGUUGCAGGAACUCAUGGAUAUGUGGCCCCAGAACUUGCCUACACAAUGAGGGUGACCGAAAAAUGCGAUGUGUACAGUUUUGGAGUACUAACACUCGAAAUAAUAAUGGGAAGACACCCAUCAGAUCUCAUCCCAAUUCUAUCAUCAUCAUCCGCGACAACAGAUCAAGAUGUGUUACUACCCGAUAUCAUGGACCAUCGUCCACCUCUUCCUACAUUCCCCACUGCAGAUUCAGUACUUUUUGCGGCCAGGGUUUCAGUGAAAUGUUUAAGUACUGAUCCACAAGCUCGCCCAUCGAUGAUGCAGGUAUCACAGGAGCUAAUUCCCCGAAACCCACAACCCUUUAUCAAGUCUCUACAUGCUAUUAAGUUGUCAGAUAUUACAGAUUGUUAGAUGUAACAUAUAUUGUGAUAUUUCAUCGACAUCGGUAUUAUUGACGAGAAGUUAAUUAUAGAUUUCGUCAAUAUUCGUGUAUGUAUGUCCGAAAAAGGCUUUUGAAAGGAUGGGAAAUUAAUGUUUAUUCCUCAUUGACUACA